AGAAAAAUCUCAGUGAUAUUGUCCUUUUUGUGAUGAAACAUCAGCUGUAAAGACAGAAAAAGAAGUCCCGCAGCAGCCAUACAGAACAAGAUCAGCGAUGCUUUGGCUCGUAUUGUUCACUCUACAAGCCUUGUGCUCAAGCGUGGCUCAUGCCAUGCAACAUUACCCGGCGGCCUGGGGACACUAUGACGUGUGCAAGUCCCAGAUCUAUACGGAGGAGGGUCUGGCAUGGGACUACAUGGCCUGUCAGCCAGAAGCCACCGACAUGACGCAGUACCUGCGAGUGGCCCUCGACCCCCCAAACAUCACGUGCGGAGAUCCACCAGAAACAUACUGCGCUUUGGAGAAUCCUUACAUGUGCAACAAUGAAUGUGACGCCACCACUGAGGAGCUGGCCCAUCCUCCAGAGUUAAUGUUUGACUUUGAGGGUCGCAACCCCACAACUUUUUGGCAGUCCACCUCAUGGAAGAAAUACCCAAAGCCUCUUCAGGUUAACAUCACGCUGUCAUGGAACAAAACCAUUGAGCUGACUGACGACAUCAUACUCACGUUUGAGUCAGGCCGACCAGAGCAGAUGGUCCUGGAAAAGUCACUCGACUACGGCCGGACCUGGACCCCAUACCAGUUCUAUGCCACUGACUGCCUGGACGCCUUCACUAUGGAACCCAAGACAGUCAACGACCUCACUCAGCGCACCCUGCUGGAUAUCAUCUGCACUGAGGACUACUCCCGAGGCUAUGUGUGGAAGAACGACAAGACAGUACGUUUUGAGAUAAAGGACCGCUUUGCCGUCUUUGCUGGUCCUCGGCUACACAACAUGGCCUCACUGUACGGCCAGCUGGAUACCACCAAGAACCUGAGGGACUUCUUCACCAUCACCGAUCUGAGGAUUAGGCUGCUGAAGCCAGCCACUGGAGCCACCAUGGUGGAUGAGAAUAACCUGUCCAGAUAUUUCUAUGCCAUCUCUGACAUCAAAGUGCAGGGCAGGUGCAAGUGCAACCUGCAUGCCAACAGCUGUGUGUUUGACAAGGGGAAGCUGGGCUGUGAGUGUGAACACAACACCACAGGGCCAGACUGCAGCCGCUGUAAGAGGCACUACCACGGAAGAGCCUGGAGUGUGGGCUCCUACCUCCCUAUACCCAAAGGAACGGCAAAUAUAUGUGUUCCCAGUAAUCAUGGACCAGUGCAUCGAGCAAAUGCUUCAUCUCUUGGUGUUGCAAAUCGUAACCAAGCUCGGGUGUGUGACAACGCGAUGCUGCGCUGUCAGAACGGUGGCACGUGCCACCACCAUCAGCGGUGCCAUUGUUCUCCCGGCUUCACGGGUGUCCUGUGCGAGAGAGCUCGCUGCCAGGGCCCCGGGGAGUGUGAUGACCAAUUGUCUGGACGGGCCUCCUUCCAUCACCCCCCCAUCAGCCGCCAGCUCGCUCUUACCCUCGUAGUGCUCCCACUAUUGAUUGUUUCCCUUUGCUGAGAGACCUGGACGGCCUCCCAUCCUCAACCAAAACCCUAAGACCACACAUGUUGAGACUGAACACUCAACCUUAAGAACAUGAAGGACAAAGGAUGUCUGGACAAUGUGCUAAGAAUACAAUAUAAGCAACUCUUUUGCAUCUCAAGACAAGGCCUCAGUUGUGGGUGACAGUGUUACUAGUGCAACAGGUGGUGCACUGAUCUGUUAUACUGAAUACUAGAUGGAUUUAUGAAAGGCUUGGUGAAGUCACUGCUGUCUUGUGUCACAGAGGAAACAGUUGGAGCCCUCGCUGUGUGAUUAUGUCAUUGGCUGAUACUUCAUUAAACGCUGGAGACUCGGAUAGCGCUACCCACAUUCUGAGAGAAAACUAUACAAAACUAGACACAUGAUUUCUAAGUAUCAUCUGAAGUCAUUAAAAAAUAAUAAUGUGGACGGGAACAUCUUAAAACAUCUUGCCUCACUGCCUCCUUCCUUACUUGUUACCUUCUUCUCUCCUUUCCCUUUCUUUCCCUCGCUCUUCCCUUUUUCCCUCACUUUCUCCUCCCUGUGCUUUGGUGACUCUGGUGAUUUUACUUUGCUGAAGGGUGUCCGUUGUUUUGCCAAAUGCUGCACAUGUAUUAUUAUCAAGCCCCGUGACAAGUACCAAUCUAGUACAUUUUCGUUUUAUUUUUCAGAGGCUUUGUAGUCAUGCUUGAGCUCACCUGUAUGGGAAAAAAAGUUGUAACAUACUGUAACUGUAUUUAAUUUUUGUAUAAAACAGAUAUUUUCAUGACUACGCAAAACAAAAAGAUGUAUUACUUGUUUUCUAUUGCUGCCGAACUGUCCUAGAUGUGGACUAAGUGCAUAAGGAGUUUGGUUGUAUUAUUUCUUUGCUUGUGUGGCACAUGGUUCUCUUCAUUUGAGAGCUGCUGUCAAAACUAUGUUUACAUACACACUUACACAAUACACUUCCACCAAAGGGAAAAAGAAAAACAUGUCUUUGUCUUGUUGUUGAACAGUAGUAAUUUUAUUAAGUAGUAAUAUGACAUUUGAGACAAGAUGUGUAGAGUGUAGAAGUGUAUUGUUUGUAGAUAGGCAGAAGCCAAUGACAAUAGCUGAAUGUCAUUUUAAAGGAUUCUUGGAAGCUAUCAAUGUCAAUUGUUGAAUUCACUGAAGCAACAGUUGCUGGUAACAAUAUAUCAGUCAACAAAUGACAACUAAAGUUGUUUUUACUAAUGUGCUGUAACCCAUCCUUGUUGUGCUCCUGAAAGGUGGGAGAAUCAGAAGAAUCCCAAGCCAAAAUGCCAUCAGCUUUAUGUAAAUUUUACAAGAAGUCUUGGAGAAAAAAAAAGGAGAUUGCAUGGCUGUCGCAGAGGUUGUCCAGCUCAAAUGUUUAAUCAGAUCUAAUCCUUGAAUCAAAUGGAAAGAGGGGAAGGUUUUUUGAGCUGGUACGGUUGAAAGCCUGCAUCCUGCUGCGGGAGCCUCCGAGAAGCGACACGUUCAGGAAAUGAGCUGUAAUUCAUGGAGGGUCAAUGAAUAGAAAUGAAGUUGCAUCCCACUGGGUGACAUAUUGAGCACUGAGACCAAUUUCAUUUGAGAGAUUA